AGUUCGGUUCGGUUUGUUUUGUCGCUUGACUCCGCGUUUGGCUUUUAGCAAGAAGUUUUUAGUGACUGAACAUAAUUUUCUCUGUGUGUGAGUUUUUUUUUUGUUUGCUCCGGACAAGUGCGUUUAGUUUUAUCAGUAAUUUGGCUUGAUUUCGUCAGCUUUGAUGAUUAGUCUAGAUGCUCCAUAGAUUACGAUCAACGAAAAGAAGCUGAACGUUUACGGGUCAACACCGAGAGCGAUCAGUGUGCUAUUGCUAAUAUCCGCAUCGGGUGCAAUCUCAUCGGCUGGUGAGCGGAAGACAUCACACACAGGCGGGAAGAAGAGUCACACAUAUCGUGAACGUCCGAAAAGAGCAAAACCCCACGGACGGAUGCGUGGAUGGCCAAAAGUGAAGUUCGAUCACCUUCUUUUUCGCCGCAGUAGUGACCGUUUGUUGCUCAGCACUUGCCGUAGAUCUUCCAACCUGAUCGGACGCACGCGAUCGCGAGUUCGCAACAAGAGUGUAAGUUUGUGUAAGGCUGUUGUAGGUCCUGGGGAAAAAAUUGAGUGCGACCGGAAUUAAUAAUAUUUUUGGAUAACAAAAGUGCAAUAAGUGAAGAAGAUGUAAGAGAUGGUGAUGAGAUGAGAGAAGUGCUAUUCGAAAGUCAAUCGAAAAUCAACCGAUAAGAAGCGUGAAGUAAGUGAAGAGGCUACCACGCUGCUUGUUGAAUGAAGCGAUAUGUUGUGUGCGACAUGGCGGCCAAGUGCUAGUAGUGAAUUUGUGAAAAGGAAAAAAAAACGUUCCGUUUAUUGGUUUUGGCUUCGAUCAGCGCCGGUAUUCGGAGAAAAUAACGGCUGCUGCUGAGACAGCUGUUUCGGUUCGGAAGAUUGAAACCGCAUAACGAAAGCAACAGUUACGACAACAACAACAACAUCAACGGUGUUAAUUGUAAAUAGUGGUGCAGCCAGAGCGCGGAUAGGGCUCAAGUGAAUGAAUGAUGGAACCACGAGGGGCACUCUUUCGAGAGAUCCAUAAAAACACCUGGCUGCGACGGCUGAGCGGCGACGGAAAGAGACCAUCUGUGCUUGCAAAGAAAGCGGACCGUUACUGGGUCGUGUUCUGCGUCCAUGACGAUUGCGAAGCGUUUCUCGAGGGUUACGUCGAUCCACGGCAGGCGCCGUCGCACAGCCCAGAGUGGUCCCUCUCACUGCAGACCGUCCAGCACAUCUCGCACGCGCUCGUUCCGGUCGAGCAGGAAUUCGAAUUUGUGAUAACGCUCAGCACCGAUGUGGCCCGGUUCAAUACCAACACGUGGGAAUGCAUGCAGGAGUGGGUCGACUCGUUGCGAUCCAAGCUGAGAGAGAUGAAACUGCUCUCGCCCAAGGAGAAUCUCUAUUCCAAGCUGCCAGAAGUGAGGCCUCCACUAGCGCCCACGCGUGAUCCUACAUCACCCCUACCGGCUACACCACCAGUUCCGGCAGCCAUUGUACCUGGCAUUGAACGUGUGCAGCCAUCCUCCUUACAACUACAUCACCACUCUCCGACAACCUCUACAUCCUCGCAACCUUCCAGUAUACCUCCGGCGGUUCCAUCUACAAGCACCGCGUCAAACUCCUCGAAUGUAUCCUCCUCAACUCCGCAUGUCCCUCCGACCACUGCCAUGUCAAACACCUCAACUCAGAAUCUCAUGAACCUGCUUACGAAUCCACUGCAAGCUGUGAGCAGCAUAAACAAUCAGCACAUUAGCAGUCAGCACCUUUUCGAUGCCAUAUCACUAGCAUCUUCCGAUCUCUCCGACGGCAGCCUGGAUGAGUAUUCGAGUGAUCUUAUCAAACGAUUCAUAUCCAACAAUAGUCCAUUAGCAUCGCCACCACUCAAUGCCACCCUGGCGUCAGGCUCCGGUAGCAUACUGGCCGUUCCAUCGGGUAGCGGUUCGUCGAAUUUGGGUAAACCUCAAAAAUCGGUCAAGGAGAACGGUGGCGCCCCAAUGGCAUCGUCGUCCCUGGCCACAACCUUUGUGAACAACGUACUGGCCGAUCCCGGCACAACUUCACUCAAGCGUACGGACAAGAAAGUGCUGGUCGACGUGAAAGCGGACGAUUUCGCCGCUGCGUUCUUCGAUAGUGGGAGUGAUGAGGAAGCUGACGCCAGCAACAGCACUGGUACCAUCAGUUCCAGCAGCAGUAGUAGGAGCAGUAGCAGCAGCAGCAGCAGCAGCAGUAGCGGCAGAAGUGGCAGUAGUGUUGGCAUCAACCGGAACGGAGCAAUCGGGGAGGAAAGUGGCAAUGAAUCAUCGUUAUUAUCAGCGACGGCGGCAGGAUCCCAAUCCUCCAUCGAGCCAAUCACGAUAUCUUCAUCACCGUUCUCCAAGACAAGACACGGGCAUCGUGAUGAUCCGAAGAAAACCCGCCGGAAAUCGGCGCAAAAGUCGGACAAAUCCUCCGCCAAUGUCACCAUUAUCCAAGUGUCGAACGGUUCAAGCGAUAGUGAAUCGCCAGUGAAGCUGAUGGCCUCGCCGAAAGCAAAACUUCGCACGCCGAAGCCGGAAUUGGUAACGAAACUGUCCAACGGCAGUACCCUGAUUGCCGAUGACCUGAGCGAUGAUAACUACAAAAGUAACGUGCAAAUUAUUCCGUCCAACGUUGAAUACGAUCAUCACCAUCAACACGUAAGCCUCCAGGAUCAUCAGGAACCGUCGAUCAUUGCAUCGAUCAACGAUCGACAGAUCACAACCGUUAAAGUACCUAAUCUCGUUGUCAACGGUAGUAGUAGUACUAGUAGCAGUAGUGGCAAUAAUGGAAAUAGCGGCAGCAGUGGGAGUGUGACCAUCAGCUCAACUAGUGUUUCAACAGUGCAGUCCACAGUGAUAGCGGCGGUGGCGACCUCAUCGACACCAAUCAAAAGUGAUAGCAAUUUCGGCACAGUAACACAAAUUUCGGUUAACUCGUCAUGUGAUAGGCCUAGAACUCCUCCUCAUCAGCACCAGCAACACUAUGAGCAGGUGUUUCUGCUGCCUUCACCAAUACAAGUAGUCAAUAAUCUGGAUCAACCCUUUAGUCUGCAGUCACCUCCGGUUUUGUCGGGCAGUUCAGUGGCAGCCAAGCUGAAUAAGAGCAAAGUCACAUUACUUAGCAAACAGCAACGUUCAUCUAGUCAUUCCGAAAUUCAGCUCAAUCGAGUCAAACUUCUCCGAAACGGCCAAGGAAAUAAGGAGAAUCAAGGGGAGGGUGGUGCUGCAAGUACGUCUGGUCAUAAAAAUGGAAUCUUACCAUCGGCAAGUAGCCCAGCAGUUCCUUCCAGUAAUCUGAGCCCUUCAAAGCGGGCCCCAGUGGAUAAAAACAUCUAUACUCCACAACCUCAAAGGCCUAUGUUGCAACGGGGACUUACCGAAAUGGUUAUAAGCAGGUCAACGAAUGCAGUCGUAGCUGGAGGGCGAGAUCCCGCCCGAGGGCGCCAACCAGUCGUUCAACAAACGGUUGAUAAAUUUCGGAACGAAAUCAACGAGCAGAGACGAAGAAGCUCGUCGACUUCCGAUGCGCAACCUGAAUCGUCCGGAAAUCCCGUUAUGAGGGCUCGACUAAACGGAGCGUCCCGGUUGCAAUCACCUCCGCAACCAUUCCGACCUCACCAUCAACUCAUCAAUCAGCUGGAAUCGAUGAAUGGAUCCAAUCGGAAGAUGACCUUACGGGAGCAACAGGUGAUGCAGUUGCGUCGGGAAAUGAUGCAUCCCGGUGGGGUUCGAUUGCAGUUGCGCCGUAAGGAUUGCAUAAAUUCGAUUGGAUUGGUGGACGCAUUCGGUGCUGUUUGGGUUGCCGGUUGGAAACAGAAGGAACACCCGGUGCUGUAUAAUGCCUUACACAUUGGCGACCAGCUGAUUUCGGUGGCAGGUCAGGCGAUUACUAGUGCGGCGGAGGCACACAAGGCAAUCCGAGGAGCGCCGGGACUUUUUGUGGAAUUGAUUAUCCGAAGGAUACCGUUCGGUCGGGUUUAUGCCAUCCGACGGGAGCUGGAUGGUCAGUGCUUGGGUUUGAUUCGCGAUGGAAACACUGCAACCAUAGUUGACGUGGUGCCAAAUAGUCUAGCUGCGAGGCAUGGUUUGCCUCCGAAGGCUCAAUCCUGUGAUGGUCUUUCGCUCACCUUUUGGGUGCUGACGGAAAUAAAUGGACGGCCGCUGAAUCUAUUCUUCAAGGAUAAUGAGAUCCGGGACCGUCUGAAUGCCGUCGGAAGAGACAUCUCGAUUUUGGUGCAACCAGCCGAUUUGGUGACCAAAUUGAAGAAGCAACUGAAAUCUCUGCGUGGCCACAAAGACUUUAUUGUGCAAUAGAA